AUGGAAGAAAAAGAUCUCAAUCUGCUGCAAGAGAUGCAGGAGCGAGGGCAUAUGCGGAAAUUAGGCCAUUUGGAGAACUACUUUGCAGCCUGUCAGCGCCAAGACCUGUACACAAACUUCAGCAUGUUUUGUGAGGUAACGGCUUCCUUUUCUCGCAAAGAGUUAUCUUCUGCUGUUAGAGCAGUUUGUCUGGACAAUCCGAUUUUGUUACACACGGUGAUUCCCAGAAACGAGGAAGACCACAGUUUGAAAUAUUACAUUAGUGAUGAACAUAUUUCUAAACCAGUGGCCUCGCAUGAAUAUAUGCGACUAUUGCAAAAGGUUGACAUGUCCGAUAUUUUGAUGAACGAGCAGCCUGAAUACGCCAGUACCGUGAAGGAAAUUCUCGAAUUGUUCGAGACCCAAUCGCACAGAUAUACCAGUGAAAUCUUCGAUGUGGGAUCAACUGUAAGGAUACCUUACGGAGACGCUUCUAAGCCCAAUUGGAGACUAUUGUGUUUACCAGGGACAUCAAAGGACUCAUUUUCGAAUGUACUGUUUUUCUCCAACCAUUGCUCAAGCGAUGCUAGCUCUGCCGCCAAUUUUUUCAAAGACGUGUGUUUCCACCUCAGCAACCCGCGCGUUCAUUCUGCUCCCGACGAUGUUAUUUUUGACUACGUCACUGAUUACAAGGGCAUAGGUAAACUACCUGUCCCAAUUGACGACCGUGUCAACUAUAAACCACCCUUGACGUAUCUUCCUCGUUUGAUAGGCACAGGUAUUGUUCGUAAGUACCUCAGCUACCACUCGAAAGGGGCUGUAGUCUCGCGCGUCACAAAGCCCGAUGCGGGCAAUCGUGUGCACUCUUACAUCCUCAAUUUCACGCCAGCACAGGUCCAACAGAUACGAGAAAAAAUCAAGGCCCACGAUUUCAACUGUACCAUCACGCCUUUUCUACAAACCUGCUGGCUUGUAUCCAUGUACAAGUACGGCAAAAUAUUCUCGAACUCGCUAUGGGAAUGGUUCAUCGACAUGGUGGUGCCUAUGCACACUUCCCAAUUACUUCCUGAUGACCCAGAACUUAGGGCUAUGUACCGCUACGGAAGUAACAUUGGCGGAUCUCGCUACAAUCUUCUCGUCUCUUCUUUGAAUGUAAGAGACGACAGGAAUGCCUUUUGGUCAUUAGUCAAAUACUAUAGCGGGGUCUUCCACAAUGCCAAAGUUAACAAUGACUAUCUCUAUCCACUGGGUGCAUUGAUGCUUGAAUCGGUGUGUGGAAAAACCAACGUGGAUAAGUUGGUGGCCGAUGAUUUGAUCGGACUUCCCCGUGAAGGUGUUGUGUUGAGCAACAUUGGCUUUGUGAAACCAGAUCCAGAGAUGCAGCGGUUCAGGAUUAAUGACUUAUACUUCGCACAGACUUUAGGGAGUUUAAGACAUAGCUUCACCUUGAGCGCUUGCACUACAACUAAUGGCGGAAUGAACUUGGUUAUGUGCGGGGCGUUGGGCACCGUACAGAACAAGCAGGACUGGAUCGAACUGUGCGAACUGUUCAAGGAUAACGUCUUGACGUACUAG